AUGGGCGACAUGGCAAACCCCCUUCCAUAUGCUGUCAAUCCCCUUCCUUUCGCGGGAAAAGUCAUCGCGGUUACUGGAGCCAGUCGAGGCCUGGGUCUAGCCCUUAGCAAGUACUUGCUCGUCCGUGGUGCUACUGUCAGUAAUGCCCCUGUCUCUAUGUGUGCAACUUCAGCUGACAACCUCUCCAAUGCUGCCAAAGAGAUCGACGGUGAACUCCCAGAUGACAAGAGCCGGUACUGGACGUGUAUUGUGGACAUUGUCAACCUCGAUAGUGUUCGCUCUUGGAUUGAAGAGACCGUCGCAAAGUUUGGAAAGCUCGAUGGGGCGGCGAAUGUUGCAGCGGUGGAGCAACGCGAAAUCUUCCCCAUAACAGAUCUCGACCCAGAGUACUUCGCCAGGCUAGUCAAUGUAAACGUUGUGGGCACCUUUCAUUGCUUGAAAGAAGAGAUGAAGGUUAUCGAGGAUGGAGGCUCGAUUGUGAACGUCGGAAGUAUUGCGAGCCAGGCAAGUUGA